AUGGAGUGCAGAAAAUUGUACUACUCGAUUCUCAUGGUGCUAUUUGAGAAAUGUGCCAGCGCCCCACACGUCUCCAAGGCCUUGCGGACGCAGCUUUUGCGUGGACUCGGAGACCCCAGCGAAUCGAUUCGGCACACUGUGGUGGAGUUUUGGUAUGGCAAGAACCGCCUCCCGUCAAACACUUUUCAACGCUUGGAUCAGAUUGUCAAAAACAUGUAUGACCCUCAAGCUGAGGAUACAUUCUUGACAUACGCGACCUACAUGCUUUUGGACCCGACCAAGAAAAGCUCGGAUUACACUGAGCCAAUCUUUGCCGACUCGCUUCCAAACGCCAAGUUCAGCGACAACUACUCCAGUAUCGAUACUUCGUGGAGAAACACCUCUGUGAUGACACCUCUCUUUGUUCAUACGCAACAGAGUCAGCCCCAGGUCAUGCGCACUCAAGCGACCCUCGGCGACGAUGAACUUCGGGCGACACAGUCUACAUUCGAGUUCAGUAUGACAAUGGACGGAGGCGCGCCAGGAAUUAGAACUCAGCUUGGAGGAACAUCAAACUCCAGCUCUGCUCUCUUGUUCAAAAACCCUCUGGCUCAAGAUGGUAUUAUGGCGCCCUCACUCUUCGCGGAUGCACCCAACCAAAAAUACCGCCGCUUACAAUACCGAGGUUUCAAAACGGAUUCAAUGAUUCAAGCCAAUCGAUUCAAGCGCGCGCAUGAUGUGAAGGUCCAGAACUUGGCACAGGCAACACUUGACAAGGAGACAGCUCGAACUAGGAGUGUGAGCAUGAUUCGCAAGUACAGAGCGGGUGACCUCCCAGACAUCCAAAUCCCAUACGCAGACAUCCUCAAGCCUCUCCAGCGACUGGCCGAGUUGGAUGUCGAGAUUUGCAGGAUGUUGUUCAGCAAGCUGGUGAUGGGAUUGAUGACCCAAGCUGAUUCGCAGAUCGACACUGAGGAGGAGGCGAUCUCAUUCAAGGAUGGUUUGAUCGGUGGAUUCAAGACGUUGUUGGAGCGAUCGACAGUUCUUUACACCCCAUUCAUUGGCAGUAUCCUUCGCAUUUGUCACGACUACGGUGAGGCUGAUAUCUCGUCUGAACUGAUCUCCAGGGUAUCCAUCCGCAGUUCAAACCAACACUUGGGCAUCAUCCUGCUGGAGAAGCAGAUUCAGUACUCAGACCCACGAGAACGGCCCAACAAACGACAAAAGACUGGCGGCUCAGGCUUUCAUGACCUCAAGAGGAAGAACUGGGUUGAUCUGGCAACGGUUUACAAGUCGAUCGAUGAGAAAGAUGUCUUCAAAAGUAUCUACGAGAGCAAGGUUGCCACAACAGAGUUCACCAGUGCAGCCAUUGCUGCUGAGGUCGUUGGGGACUAUGACGGUGCUGUCAAAAUCUACUUUGACGGAAUCACCAAGCAUUUCGCCAACGAGAUUCAUGUGGAUGAUGUCGAACAAAGCAUUUGGGCACACGGGCGUCUGGAGUGUUUGGAGUACUUGGCCGAUUGGGGCUACUUGGAGGCCAACAUGAUGUCGGAUCUGGAACAGAACCCACAGGAUAUCUGGACAGACGACUACCAAGAUCCAUACCUACACUACUUCUUGACCAGUUACAUCAAGCUCUUUGAUGGCAAGCGUGAGGAAGAAAUGCUCGAGCCCUGGACUGCCGAUUCUCCCAACCCUCUAUUCGCAUUCAUUGACGAAGCCAUGAGUCAUACGGCCCACCGCCAUGUUCUCGUCACGCAAUAUCAAUCAGAGCUGGCCAUAGCCGCGAUCAUCAGGAAAGACUUCAAGCAGGCGUCUCACUAUGUCCGCAAAUCGUAUGAGAGGUUCCUAUCCAAAUGGUCGAAUCUCCAUCCUCUUUCAGAGAAGCCGCGGUUGCAUGAAUUGGCCAAUUUGCAGCAGAUUGUCGAGAUGGAAGAGUUUUUGGGCAGCAUGGACGAAGCCUUGCGGGCUGCGCCUACAGAUCCUUUGGGUUCCUUGCUCACGCGGUGGGAGCGUCGCUAUCCAGGCAAAACCACUGACACCAUGAUCACCUGGAACAACAUUGUUGAAGACCGCAGACUCAUGGUCCAGCGACUAGAAGAGGCUCUUCCAUAUUCGAGAAAGCAGGAAGCGAUGGUGUCGAACCAUCAGAUCCGCAAUUUCUUGCAGAUGUCGGCUGCUUCCCGCGAUCAAGGCAACUUCUAUGUCGCCAGCAACUGUAUCAACGCCAUGAAACACUUGUCGGCUCCAAAGUAUGACAUUUAUCAGAGUCAGUUGAAGCUCAGUCUUUCCAAAGCUGCAGUAGAACUGGAUCGCACAGCCAAGGUCGAUACCAUGAUUGAGACCGUGGCUUCAUACGAGGAGUACUCAAGGAGAGCCAGGGAUCUUGACCCGGUUCAAACCGUGGGACUAAAGCUGCUGGGCAGCAGAUCGUACGGUAUUUUGUACGACCUCAUCGCAGAGUCGAAGAAGGUCAAGAAAGAAGAUGAAGACCAGGAUGACAAAAGUGUCUACAACCACUUGCGAGCGAGUGAGUGGGCUCAACAGCUCCUUCGCUCGCAUGGGGGUGGCGUCGAUAUGUUGCAAGAACUUCAGAAGCGCGGUUUUGAGUGCCUUGAAGUAGCUGCUUCCGUCAAGGCUGGCGAGCAUAUGACUAAAAAGUUGCGCCUGACUACAGCCAACUAUUGCGACAAGAUCCUGCGACACCACGAGAAUCAAGACGAGAACGGCGACACGACGAUGACUGAUCGGGAUUUGGCCGUGUACGCACAGCUUCUGAUCCGGGAUACGUUACUGUCAAUGAGAGACGAGGAAAUGGGCGCAACAGAGCUCUUCCCGCGACUGCUUCAGGUCAUCGAGAUCUACCCCUCGACCCAAAAGUCAUUCACAGACCUGGUGUCAUCGUUUCCCGGCUACUGGACAUUUGUUUGCUGGAUCCCACAGAUGGUUGCUAUUCUUGAUAAGCCCACCGGUAUCUGUGUGAUGCCCAUCUUGAAAAAGAUUGCCAAACAGUAUCCCAAUGCUCUCUACUAUCCGUUGACGAUCAGUGCCGAGAACUACACGUUUGAGAGGGACUCUGCAGGAGAGAGGCGCAGGGCCGAGUUCGUCAGACUGAGGCAAGAAAUUGCCUCACCUUUGAAGGAGGACUUCAUCUUUGAGCUCAGGCGCCUUACGAACCCCGAGCAUUUGCUGAAGGAUUGGCUGGAGCAGACCUUGGUUCUCUUCCCUAACAAGGCAAAGAAUGCUGACCAGAUCAUGACGCUUUAUCAAGACCUACGCCGCCUGAUGCUGGAUACAAGUGACUCUCGAAUCGGCGUCAUUGCCAAGGGUUUUGCCUCCAGGAUGGGCUCGAAGAUGGACAGUCUCUGUGGCAAGACUGGUCAGAAACUGACCACGAUGAGCAACAAGGAUUUCAACAAUAACAUCAUCAAGCUUGUCAGGGGCGAGAUACAAAAUGUCCGUGACCUUCCUAAAAAGAGCGACGCUGAACUGUUGAAGUCCUACUCGCCUUGGCUGAGUGGAUUCCAGGCUUUGGACUACCCUAACGAGUCUAUUGACAUUCCAGGUCAAUACACAGGAGCCAGCCCGCCAACUCAAGUCGCUACUAUUCAGCGAUUUGACCAGCGCCUUCUUGUGAUGAGCUCUAUUCGCAAACCAAAGCGACUGUCAAUUCUUGGAAGCGACGAAAAGGAGCACCUCUUCUUGGUGAAGGGAGGAGAAGAUCUCCGUCUGGAUCAACGUGUUCAGCAAUUGUUCAGUCUGAUGAACGACUUGAUGCUGAAGGACCCUCAGUGCUCUCAGCAGAAUAUCAGCGUUGGAACAUACAAAGUCAUUCCCAUGUCAGGUUCGCUCGGUAUUCUGGAGUGGGUUGAUAACACCAAACCAUUGCGCCACUGCGUCGAAGGAGAGUUGCCGAACAAGGACGGAUGGAGACGAGCACAGGAGCAGCAUUCUCGCUUUGUCGCUUCGUUCAAAGGAGAAAUGAACGGAUAUCACGAACUCUUUAAACAUGGCACACGCGACAAGGUAGUCAAGCAUAUGGAGAACUUGCAUAGCUACUUCCGUGAGGAUCUCUUGCGCCAGUCGAUUGUCCGUCUUGCAGCGUCACCAGAGGCCUUUUUGAUGCUGCGAUCCGAGUUUGCAAAGAGUUUGGCGGCCGUAAACAUUUGCUCAUACAUCCUCGGUAUCGGAGAUCGCCAUUUGGAGAACUUUUUGGUUAACUUGUCGACAGGCUGUCUGAUCCCGAUCGAUUUUGGGCACGCGUUCGGUUCAGCCACAGAGGCGCUUCCUGUGCCUGAAUUGGCGCCCUUCCGUCUCACGCGACAACUGGAGGCGUUCUUGAAUCCGUUGGGUAGCAAAGGUCUUUUGGAGCACCCGAUGGUGUGUAUCAUGAAGGCGCUGCAGAGUAAGAGAGACGUGAUUUUGAACACGAUGGAUAUUUUUGUCAAGGAGCCGCUGCUCGACUGGAGGAAGCACGCUAUCAACCAAGCCAAGGAACAAAAGAAACGAGGUGGCGAUAUGGCAUCGUUUGAGAUUGACGAAGAGAGUGUAGCCCCGCCGGCAUGGUACCUGCAGCAGAAGAUGGGCAUCGCCCGCAAGAAACUCGAGGGCUACAACCCUGCGCAUCUGACGGCAGCAGAGUUGAAUCUGGGUCAUGCGAACAAGGGGUUCUUGUCCUCGUUGGUCAAGACCACAUUGGGCGACAAGCAUUUCAACGAGCGCGCGCGGCAGGGCAAGGUCUGCACCAGCGUCCAGGCCCAGGUUGAGUGCUUGAUCGAUAUGGCUACGGACCUUGACAUCCUUGGACGCGCUUGGAUUGGAUGGAUGCCUUGGGUGUAG